UCAGCUAUUUCACUUCAUGCCCUGACAUGUUGAGGAGCAGGAGGGGAGGAGAUAAAGGACCAGAAAAACCGGUAAGCAGCUGGGAGCCGGGGAGAAUAUGCCAAAGGAGGAGUACAUUUCAGACCUCUGAGGAGGAAGAAGGGAGCAACAGAAAGACAUAAAAAUAGCAUUUGAGGCGAGGCUGCCAUGGAGAAAAUGUAAAAUAGUUUAACAAAUAAGGACUUCUGACUAGCAGCAUGACUUGGACCUGCUGGAUUGCAAAAUACAAACACACCUGCGGCCAACAGUCAUCUGAGGACACUCUCUCUGACUCUCCAUUCCGGAAAGCACUCAGUAGCAAACAUUUGCAUAUAGCUCAGCACAACCCCCUGCAUUUUUUUGUGUUAACUGUGCUGAAUGCUUGAAGUGGGACUAUGGAAGAAGGAACAUCCUCAUGGUCCGUCCCGGUUCAUCUCCUGAGGGCCAGAUGAGAAGCAUGUUACCCAGCUUGUUACGGGGCCGGCGGUUCUACUGCCGUGAAUGGGCCCUCGAGAAGCUCCAAAGAUGCCUAGAGGCUCGAGAUGCCAACAAGGGUGUGGAGGGAUCAAACCGUGUCUCUCCAGGGGUCCUAGUGACUGGAGGCCCCGGCACGGGAAAGACAGCCCUCUGCACAGAACUGGUUUGGCCACAGUCUGAAACAUGCAAGGCGGCAGGGUUGGCUUCUCGCUGUUUGGCCUGGCACUAUUGCCAGCGAGAGGAUGCGGGCAGUGUUGAAGUGUGGAGGUUUGUUUUGGCGCUAGUUGAACAGCUGAAGGAAAGUCCACUUCUGGGACCUAACUAUGUGAAAGUGAUAAGCAGUGCUUCUGUUGCCACUGUCUUGGAGCCCCUUCACUGCCAAAGAGCACCUGAUGAAACUUUUAAAAGGGCAGUAUUAGAACCUCUUUUAUCACUGACACCACCAGCUCACAGUGUGUUUAUUGUGGUGGACUCCGUUGACUCUGGGUGUUGUGGAGGUAAUGGAGUUGGAGAAGGGUCAAUAUCAGGAUCAGCAGGCACACCAAGUUCCUCUAUCGCUGAGCUCCUGCUCAAACACAUACAGCUCUUUCCCCCCUGGAUCCUUCUGGUCUGCUCUGCACGCCGCCAGAACAAAGCCGUUUGCAAGAUGUUCUCAGGUUUUCGGAAAUUGUGUUUGGAUGACUUAAGAAAGCCUGCUACUGUACGGGAUGUACAGCAGUAUAUCUUGCGGAGGCUUGACCAGGAUGGAGCUUUAAGAAGACAGCUUACCCCAGAGACGGCUGAAAUGCUCAAUCUAUUGCACAUUAAAAGUGGUGGCUGUUUCUUAUUUCUUGAACGAGUGAUGGAUGGUGUUGCAAAUGGUCUAGUAGGACUUCGUGAAAUUCGGGACAUUCCUGGCACCCUUAAUGGCCUUUACCUUUGGCUCUGUCAACGACUCUUUCCUCGAAGGCUGUUUGUCCAUAUUAGGCCUUUGCUGAAUAUUCUCCUGGCAUCACAACAACCACUAACAGCUGAGGAUCUCUACACUAUUGCCAAAAGCCGUGACUGCUACCUUGGGAUCAGAGACUUCCAAGCACAGAUGGGAGCUCUGGCAUCUCUGUUUGUAGAUGGCCCUGAGGGCAGUAAACUCCUCUUUCACAGCAGCUUUGCAGAAUGGUUAACAGAUGUUAAAUACUGCACGCAGAAGUUUCUAUGUUGUGUUAAGGAUGGUCACCUUUCUAUGGCCAUGUCACUCUCUUUACGAGCCAGUAGUUUGAGUACAGAGGAAACUUGUCAGUUGGCCCACCACCUCCUCAACAGUGGAGUUCAUGAAGGAGAACCAGCCCUCUUGGCAUUGUGGUUGCUAUGGACUGGAGUUCCAGCUCUUAACGGUACCAGAAAAGACUGUCCUUCUAAUGUGCUAUCAACUUCUCAUACACCUGUAUUAGUUCAGCAAGAUGUGCUACAGCUUUUAAUGAAAAGUGGAAUAUAUCCUUCAAGCUGUUCCCCAGACAAAAGCUCCAGUGUGGGAGUUCACUGUGUUGGAGGAGGAAGCAGGAUAGUUCGACGAGCAUUACAGAGAGAAGAGUCUGUGAGAGCACUACUUGACAGUGGUGUCAGUGUAAAUCGCACAGACCCAUUAGAUGGACGGACAUUACUAGCAGCAGCAGCGCAUGCUGGCCUUGUAGAUGUAGCUGCAUUGCUGUUGUGUCAUGGAGCAGACCCUUCACUGACCGACAACCAGGGUCAGACUGCAUUGACACUUGCUGCCAAACAAGGCCAUGUUGGUGUACUACAGGUGUUGCUGGACUGGGUGCAAGAGCAAAGAAGUAAGGGUUCUGCAGCCCACACCUUGUUGGAGCAUGCAGACAGUGAGGGAUGGACUGCUCUUCGUUCUGCCGCAUGGGGUGGCCACAAGGAAGCUGUACGUCGUCUUCUGGAAGCAGGAGCAGAAGUUGAUGGCUGUGAUUCAGAUGGUCGGACAGCCUUGCGAGCAGCAGCAUGGGGUGGACAUGAGGAAAUCCUGCUGACACUUCUCGGUCAUGGUGCUGAAGUAGACCAUUCAGACCGUGAGGGACGCACUCCACUAAUUGCUGCUGCCUACAUGGGUCACAAAGAAACAGUGGAGAUCCUUCUGGAUGCUGGGGCUGAUUUGAAUCUUGCAGAUGGGGAUGGACGUACCGCUCUCUCUGUUGCUGCAUUGUGUGUGCCAUCAUCAGCUGGAGGACGAGGGCAUGGAGAGGUUGUAAGUCUUCUGUUAGAGCGAGGUGCUGAUCCUGAACAUAAGGACAGAGAUGGAAUGACCCCUUUACUGCUAGCCUCCUACGAAGGACAUGAGGAAGUGGUUGAACUCCUCUUGGAAGCUGGAGCUGAUGUAGAUGAAAGUUCUGGAGCUCAUCCUUCUUCAAUCACUCCUCUUCUUGCAGCUGCAGCUAUGGGACAUACUCGCACUGUUAACCGUAUGCUGUUUUGGGGGGCAGCAGUGGAUGGAAUUGAUGGUGAAGGCCGCACUGCUCUUUGCUUGGCUGCAGCAAAGGGUAGCAUCGAAGUUGUAAGAGCAUUGCUGGAUAGGGGCUUGGAUGAGAAUCACAAGGAUGACCUGGGUUGGACUCCGCUGCAUGCUGCAGCUUGUGAAGGUCACAAAAGUGUGUGUGCAAUAUUGACAGAGAGAGGUAGCAUGGCACGUGUGGGUGAGCUUGAUGUAGAAGGUCGGAGUCCUCUAAUUCUGGCAGCACAAGAAGGCCAUUGCAGUACAGUCAGGUUACUGCUAGAUCGUAAAUCACCCAUUGAUCAUCGUGCAUAUGAUGGACACUCUGCACUUAGUGCGGCUGCUCUGCAGGGACACCGAGAUAUUGUAGAGCUGUUAAUGCGCAGAGGAGCUGACACUGAUGUCCGUGAUGCUGAAGGAAGACCUCUCCUUUAUUUGCUGGUCCUGGAGGGCCGUUUAGACAUGGCUACCCUACUUAUAGAAAAAGGCGGUGUUCCUCUGGAGUCAAAAGAUGCAGAGGGACGAACUGCACUCCAUGUAGCCGCUUGGCGAGGAGAUCUGGAAGGUACUGAACUAUUGCUAAAAUAUGGAGCUGACCCAAAUGCUAGAGAUCUUGAUGGGCGGCCUCCUUUGCACUCAGUGGCGUGGAGAGGUCAUACAGCUGCUGGCAGGCUGCUCCUUAGGGCUAAAGGUCUCAAUGUAGAUCUGGCUUGCAAACAGCAGGGUGCCACAGCACUAAGUGUUGCUGCUCAGGAGGGGCAUAGUGAAAUUGUGGUCAUGCUCUUAGAGAAAGGUGCUAACCCUGACCAUGUGGACCGUUAUGGUCGCACCCCAGUGAAGGUAGCAGGAAAACAAAGUCAUUUCACAAUUGUCAGACUUCUGGAGAGCUAUGGCGCCAAACCCUUCUCAGGUUUAAUACCAUUCACACCUAGUGGUGCUCCUAAUGCAUCUUAUCUUUCAGGCAUAGUGAAGACCCAUCCGUCCAUUAGUUCAGGAGAGGUGGCAGCUGAUCGAGUCCCCACUGUAUCUUCUCCAUCGUCAACAUCAGCCUCCUGUUCCCCUGCGUCUACUGCAGAGCGUUUCCACUCAAUGCCUGCCUCACAGACCUCCUCUUCCACCUGCCACUCCCUGGCCACAGUACAGACUGUGCCUGCUGACAGCCUGAAUUUCAUUCAGCAGAUACAACAACAUUCACUUCCUCGUUCCCGUAGUCGGCCCUCCACCUUGCCUCUUCCUGGCUCCAAUCCAACCAGUCUUCAGGGUAGAGCUUCUAGGCAUAAUCAUACGGCUGCACCCAAGUGCAGUCCCACACAUGAACAGUGCUCCUAUACUGAACUGCAGGACCUAGAAAAACCCUUAAAAGGGCUCAGAUUAUCAGGGGAUGGCAACUACCUCUUAAAAGCUAAAAGUCCUUACAUCAUAGAGGAUGUGAUGGAGAAGAGCCUCAAACAAACUGGAGGAAUUGAUCUAAAGUGGAACUCUAUCAUGGCUUCUUUAGGGGUGAUGCCAAACCAAGAAGGCUUGCAUAGGCAGACGAAAAUUAGGCAAAGUCCGCCUUUGGGGUAUCCACCUUUUCACCUCCAAUCCCAUGCACAACAAGGUGAUUGGGGUGGAUUACAAAAGACAUUGAUGUCUCCAACCAUUGACCUUUCAGCUGUUUCCCCACAUAGUGCCUUACCUGACGAAUCUCUGUUUAACAUGACUACUGACCCCCAUCUUAAUCUCAAACAAGCAAUUAAGCUGCAGUUUGAAGGGCCAACCAGUGCAGCACUUUACAAGCGAGAAACCCCUCUCUGAGGCAAACCUGGACGUUUAGGAGUUCAAGGAGGUGAUGGUUGUUUGGGUAAUCACCGCACUGGGUGUGAGGUGUCGAGAGUAGAGGAGGCUGGCAGAUGAGAGUCAUAACACGCUGACCUCCACCUCUUUUUAACCCAUUGACCCCAAAGCACAAAAGGAGAAGGAAAGACAUAGGGAGCCUGAAGGAACUUGAGUUCAAAGGCUCAAGCUGUGUACAUUCCGAAGCCUUUCCUCCUUAACCCAUCACAAUGGAGAGCAGCUGGCACUCUCUCAUACCCUGUUAUACAAUCACAGGAAACUAUAUUUACAUUCGGAGAGACACUUAUGGAUAUUUCCUUUGUUGGUUACAUGCAUUUGCAAAAGUUGACAUACUGUAUAUCCCAGGAAUUUUGGUUCACACAACAUGCUCUGGUUCACAAAAGCAUGAAUGACUUCUCAUAGACACAUUGCGGUUCAGCAGUGGCAACUUUUUUUUCGAAAAACAAGAGCUAAUAUGAAUGUGGCAGUAACUAGUGCACUACUACAUUUAAAGUGUAUACUUCUGUACAGUACUCAAACUCUGGUUUACACCCAGGCUUGCUUGCUGGGACAAAAAGGGCUUUUUUCAAAGCACCACAGUCACUUAAUGGCUUUAUAUGCCAGAUGUGUUUCCAACACUUGUGGAAGCAUCAGCAAUGUUUGUGUGUUUUAAAAAUGUUCUACAUUUGACACUAUAUCUUUCAGGAUAUAGAUGUUGUUACAACUUAUUUACCUUUAGUUCUUAAUUUCAGCAAGGUUAUCAAUGUUAAAGCUUUAUUCCAGUUGAAUUACAAAAAGAGAUGGGAAAGUGGAAAGUUACCUAAAGUCUGACAGGAUAUUUAGGGAAGGUAUGAGAGAUCUCAUGUACAGGAUUAGAUUUGAACGGAAGGUCAUAAAACUGCAGGUUUUGACUUGAGGGAAAAGUUAUGUGAAUUUUACAUUUUGCGAUGGGUAAAUUAUAAUGUUUGUUCUGUUUUGUAUGUUAAGAUUUAUUGAAAUGCACUAAUUAAAAAAUGCAUAUGA